AUGGACGAGCGACGAUGCUUUUCAUAUUUUCGAUAUUGCUCCAUUCCUGGCCUCGGAGCUUUCUUCGACUCUCCUCUCUGGCAGAAAAUUAUCUUGCAGAUUAGUCAUGUCGACCCUGCUGUGUAUCAUGCCGCCAAUAUGCUCGGUGCCCUCCACGAAGACUCGGGCGCGAAUGAAAUGCGCUUGUCUGGGGAAAACCUCCAGCGAGCUCGUCAUCGCUUCGCACUUCAGCAAGCCUCGCGAGCUUAUACUCAUCUCUUCCAACGUCAGACCUCGAACGACCCUCGGUACCGGGAAGUUAUACUAGUAUGCUGCCUGCUUUUUGUCAUGUCCGAGUUAUUACUUGGACGGUAUGACAAUGCCUUCCAACAUCUGCAUAAUGGGCUUCGCAUCCUCAAAGAGACCCAGGACUAUCAUUCAACAAUUAGUCUAGACCAUUCGCUAGUCAACAUCUUCGAACGACUCGACGUCGAAUCCGCCCAUUUCGGGCCUGGUACCCCGUUCUUGUUCACCCAUUUUGGAGUUGAUGAUGACGUGCAUACCCUGGACCAUUUUUCUAAAAUGCAAACUGUGUCAGAUGUACACCGAAGCGUGACCCUUCUCUUGAAUAUGGGUAUUCCUUUUCUCGCCAGAUGCUGGCCAUCCUCCGCUGUUGAAAUCGCAGCAGAAUACAACGAGUUGUUCCAGAAGCAGCAACAGAUUCUGUCCCUGAAUUAUGAAUUCCAACACCAUUUUUGGAUAUUCUAUCGCGACUUCUACCAUAGCCUUCGUGCUCGUGACCAGCAAGGCGUUGAUUUGCUUCAACUACAAAGUCUUGCACAGAUCCUCAGUCUGAAGACCUGUCUCAUCAAAGGACCAGUACCUACAAGCUUGACACCGGAAUACAUCAGUUUGUUCUCGGCAUAUCAGGCAUUUCUAGCCAAGUCAUUUGAUCGCCCAACAUUUACUUUGGACUACGGCGUCGUCCCAGGUUUGUGGGUGGUGGCCUCGCAGUGUCCAGACUAUUCAAUUCGCUUGCAGGCAAUCCACACCUUGCAGACCUGGCCCCACUGUGAGGGGAUCAUUAAUUCUAACGUUACCGUCUCGAUUGCUUUAAAUUGUCUGAAGGCAGAAUUACGGACUCGUGGUCAAUUAUACAGCUCGAUUAUAGAUGCUGACAUGGAAGAGGAGCUGUCUAGGUUUCUGUUUGACACAUUGGUGUCGACGCAGCAGGGAACGAACUGGUCGGUCAUUCGCGGAACUGAUCUGCUUCGGAAAUAUUCUUAG